AUGGCUGACAAUAUUGAGAAGAAUGAAUCUAUUCAAAGCUAUAUGAAUUAUUCAGAACAAAGACUUAUGAAUGAAGACUCUUUUCUAAAGUAGAAAUAAACAUAAGAGGAAGAUCCUUAAGCAUUUGAAUAAUCUGAAACUCAGUAAGUUAUCAUUUAUGAUUAAGUUCAUAAAACAAAUAGAUUGAUCCAAUGUUGCAAUAAAAUGAUGAAGAAUAAGAAUAAGAAAUUUAACCCAUUGAAUUGAAUCCACUAUAAAUAUUCGAAUCUAAGAAAAUGGAAAUCAUAUAAAAUUGCUAAAAAAACAAAAAUCUAUACACUGAUCCAGAUUUCCCAAUCAAUAAUAGUAGUCUAUAUAAGGAUCCUUAAAAACCUCCAGAAUUUGCAAAGGAUAUUAAAUCUGUUAAAUGGGUGAGACCACAUGAAAUUUCUAAAGAUGCUAAAUUUGUUAUUGAUUUUGAAGGAGACUAUAAAUAAGGAGCUUUUGGAGAAUCCUGGUUUGUAGGAGCAGUUGUAAUAGUAGGAUAAAUGAAAAAAUACAAUGAGAAAUAAAAUAAAUAAACUUAAUAGUUAUCUUAACAAUAAAUAUCUUAACUUGAAAAAUUAAUUUUAGAUUAUGAUUAAUUUGAUGAUUGUGGUUUUGUAGCAUUUCAAUUCUUUAAAAAUGGAGAAUGGAAAUAAGUUAUUGUUGAUACACUUUUACCUUUUGAUUAAGAUAGUAAAUAAAUAUUAUUUACUUAAUGUGCAAAUCCAUCAGAAUUUUGGUUACCAUUAAUGGAAAAAGCAUAUUGUAAAUUACAUGGAAAUUAUGAAACUAUAUGUGAUGGACAUAUUGGAGAAGGAUUGGUUGAUUUAACANAGUGCCAACUUGGUCAUUCUUUGUUAGUUUAAUUUUGUUAACUUUAUUUUUGUUAUAGGUUUGUUUAGAUUCUAUGUUAUAUAACCUUUUAGUUUUGAAGCAUGAUUCUGUUUAGAAUGAAUACGAUAAUACAACAGGGCCUACUGCAAAUGAUGAGUAUGAAACAUCUAUUUUACUUAAGAUAAACUUUACAUGAUUUGAAAGAAGAAUUAAUAGCCAUUUGGUUCUUAUACAUACUGCUACCUUUUAGAUUAGGAUUAUGGAUGAUAGAUUUAAUCAUUCGUUAUACAGGUCUAAGAUAUUUUAGAAAAGAAUAUACAACUUUUGCAAUGUUUUUUGAUUUUCUAUUGGGAUUGUUAACUAUAAUUAUAGUUGGUUUUUCAACAAGAUUAGAUUAUAGUUUGAGAUCUGAUACUGCUUAAACUCAAGUCGAAUUAGUAUUUUGAUAAAUUAUUUGCAAGAUCAUCAGAAAUUUAAUUAUUUUCUUGACAUUUUUGGCAGGCAUGAUUUAAUCAAAGAAGGCUAUGGAUUUAACUAAGAGAUUAUGUUUAUUAUUUAAUUAGAGAAAAGUCUCAUGUUGUAAUUUUAUUAGUUUUUGA